GUUAUUGCUCAUGACAACUUUGUUGUAGGACCCAAUUGAAACUACCUUAGGGAUUGAUGCUAGUUGCAACUUUACUCUUACACAUGAAAGACCAAUCAGAUCUGAAGGAAAAGGAAUUGGCAGAGCAAAGAAGCAAUUUUUGCCUUCCCUUCAAAGUUUGAAAUGUGAUCAUCUCUUCAGUUUCAAUACUUUUUCUGGUGCCCCACACUCAAAUGUACUAGCCCAAUCCAAGAAAGUGUAGACAUCAUCCAUACAUGUAUAAAUACGUAUCCCAAGAAACAUGCAUUGUCAUACAAGUUCAAUCCCAUGGAUACCCACAAAAGAAACUUGAUGUCACAGAGCAUUCUUAUGGUGACCAUUUUUAUGAUUUUCAUCAACCAUUCAAGUUGUACUUUCCAUGGUUCUAGUGGAGUGGAGAAACUGGACACCGUGGUGGAGGAAGCCGAAGAUCAUUUAGCAUAUCCAAGCACAAGUGAUUGGAUUGAAGAGUUGAAUGAUGGCAUGGAAGAUGAUGAGUGGCAAUUGGUGCAGAAGAAAGGGAACCAAUUUGUAGUGAACGAUCAACCUUUCUAUGUUAAUGGAUUCAACACUUAUUGGUUGAUGGUAUUUGCUGCUGAUAAAUCCACAAGAGGAAAGGUCACUGAUACAUUCAAACAGGCAUUUUCAGUGGGUCUAACUGUUUGUAGGACUUGGGCUUUCAACGACGGCCAGUGGCGAGCUCUUCAGAAAUCUCCAUCAGUUUAUGAUGAAGAAGUUUUCAAGGGUUUGGAUUUUGUGAUAAGUGAAGCAAGGAAGUACAAGAUCAGGCUCAUAUUGUCUUUAACCAACAACUGGGAUGCAUAUGGUGGAAAAUCACAAUAUGUCAAAUGGGGAAAAGCAGCUGGUCUGAAUUUGACUUCAGAUGAUGACUUCUUCUCUCAUCCAACACUCAAAAGCUACUACAAGGCCCAUGUUAAGACGGUUCUUAACAGAGUUAACACACUCACAAACAUUACUUACAAGGACGAUCCCACAGUUUUUGCUUGGGAACUGAUGAACGAGCCUCGAUGCACCUCAGAUCCUUCGGGUGAUAAACUGCAGGAUUGGAUACAAGAAAUGGCUGUUUAUGUCAAGAGCCUCGAUCCAAAGCACUUGGUGGAGAUCGGAUUGGAAGGAUUUUAUGGUCCCUCAGCACCUGGCAGAGUUCAGUUUAAUCCAAACACAUAUGCUCAACAAGUUGGAACUGAUUUCAUAAGGAACCACCAGGUUUUGGGUGUUGAUUUCGCUUCUGUUCACAUCUAUGCAGACUCUUGGAUUUCACAAUCAAUCUCUGAUUUGCAUCUCCAAUUUACCAAGUCAUGGAUGGAAGCCCACAUUGAGGAUGCAGAGAAAUAUCUUGGGAUGCCGGUUGUGUUUUCGGAGUUUGGUGUGUCUUCGAAAGACCCCGGCUACAAUUCAUCGUUUAGGGACACCCUUCUCAGCACAGUGUAUAAGACCAUCCUCAACUCUACUAAGAAAGGAGGGAGCGGAGGUGGGAGUCUUUUGUGGCAGCUCUUCCCUGAAGGAACCGACUACAUGGAUGACGGGUACGCAAUCAUUCUUUCGAAAUCUCCCUCAACAUCAAACAUCAUAGCCCUUCACUCCACAAGACUUGCCCUCUUCAACUCUAGAUGUUCUUGGAAAAGCCACUGGGGCUGCAGGAAGAAGAAUCCACUAGAGACAUUCCCAUUAUACUAUGAUGAUCUGUAACUAUUAUAUGCUUUGAAUUGUUGUCAUUUCUUAAUUAUGUGUGUACAUCUGUAUAUGAAAAUCCAUGAAGAUCCCACUUAAUCAAAAAUAAAAAAAAUAAAAAAAAAUAAAAAAUCCAUGAAGAUUG